AUGGGGAGACUGAAUGUUGACAUUGAUGAUGUUGUCUUAGAAAAAGCUCCGAAAAAUGCAAAGUAUACCUCGCCAACUAUUCAAAAAGAGAUUUUGCACAUUCUUACGAACAAAGUGAGGAAAAAGAUUUGUGAAGAAGUUAGAGAUGCAAAGUUUUGUAUUUUGGUUGACGAAGCCAAAGAUGCAUCAAAUAAAGAACAAAUGGCUAUUAUUUUGAGAUUUGUUGACAUUCAGGGUUUUGUACGAGAGCGUUUUUUUAGUAUUGUGCAUGUUUCAAAUACUACUUCUUCAACACUUAAAAAAGAAAUUUGUGAUGUGCUCGCUCGAUAUAACUUGCAUAUUUUCAAUAUGCGAGGUCAAGGGUACGAUGGUGCUAGCAAUAUGCGUGGCGCAUGGAAUGGGCUACAACCUCUAUUUCUCAGAGAUUGUCCUUAUGUAUAUUAUGUACAUUGUUUUGCUCACCGACAAAAAUUGGCAUUAGUUGCAGCAGCUGGAAAUGAGAUUUCUAUUUGGUUAUUUUUCUCAAAAUUGACAACCAUUAUCAACCUUAUUUGUUCUUCUCCCAAACGUCAUAUUGAGUUACAUUAUGCUCAGGCUAUAGAAAAUGCACAUAUAGUAGCUACUGGAGAACGUGAGACUGGUAAAGGGGCUAAUCAAAUUGGUAAUUUACAUCAAAGUGGAACUACUCGCUGGAGCUCUCAUUUUGAUUCUAUUUGCAGCUUAAUAGAUAUGUAUGGUGCAACUAUUAUUGUGCUUGAAAGUAUAGUUCAAGAAGGAUCUUCUAAUUCUAUACGUGGAGAAGCUGGUGGUUGUUUGAUUGUGAUGAAAUCUUUUGAAUUUAUAUUUAUCUUAUAUUUGAUGCAUAAAAUAAUGGAGAUUACUGAUUUAUUUUGUCGAGCUUUGCAGCAAAAAUCUAUUGACAUCUUAAAUGCAAUGGAUCUUGUAUCAAUUACUAAAGCAUUGCUUCAAAUUUUGAGAGAUGCCGGAUUUGAUCUUCUCCUUACAAAUGUGCAAUUUGUUUGCACAAAAUAUGAGAUUGACAUACCACAUAUGAAUGCUUCGUAUAAAAAGGCUACAGGUCGUUCAUGUCAACAACAAGGUUUAGUGACAGUUUACCAGCAUUAUCAUUAUGAUAUAUUUAACUCAAUAAUAGAUUUUCAGUUGGAAGAAUUAAAUUCUAGAUUCAGUGAUGGGACAGUGGAACUCCUUGGUCAGGAUAGGCAUAACCCUGAUUAG